UAGCAGCUAGGUGGAAUGGAUACAUGCUUUCUCUAAUAGCUCUAAGUUCCAUCUUCAGAUACAUUCAUCAGAACGGCAGAAUCCCCCUCUCAGUGUCAGCACUGGCAUGACACGACUGUAACCUACUCAAAGUGAAUGCAGAAAAAGGUCACUGCAAUGCCGAAUCUGAAGAAGAGCUCAGUGUGGCAUCACUAUACUGAGUAUACAGAUGGAAGAAAGAUUGUUGGGAAAUGUAAGUACUGUGGGCAAACCUAUGCAAACAAUGCAACAAGGAUGAAAAGGCAUCUGGCAACGUUAUGCCAGCGAUGUCCGGAGAGAGUGCAGGACUCAUUCAAGAGACUGCUCGAGAAAAGUGACUGCUCCUUACCGAUGAAAUACCUACAUCACACGUCAUAUGAAGCCGGUAGCUCUAGUCAAGCAGCAGCUUUUCCUAUUGUGGAAACUGUAAACGUUCCUCUGCUAUACUUAGAUGAAGGUCCCUUUUCCGCAUCAGGGUCACAAGAUGUGUCUUGUAAGGUUGAUCGUUCGACAUCAGUAGGUUCGGGAACCAGUUUUGUGGGUGCCGUGUCAGAAGUUGAUCAGGAUAAAGAAGGUGUUGGAUUUGUUGAAGUCAUGUCGCUGAGGAAUACACCUCUUUCCAUAAGUGAAAAUGAAGACUGCAAGCAGCCCUACAAAUUGAUGUGUCCAUCUUAUGCAUUGUCAUCAUCUUCUCAAGUGACCCAUUCUGUUAUAGGUGGACAGUAUAGCGGAAUACCAGCAACCAUUGCUCAGAAGAUCCAUCAAGCAGAAUAUCUGACACUGAUGUCAGAUGGGUGGACAGAUGAACAAGAAAAUAGUUUAUUAAACAUUAGGUUUGCAACACCUGAACCAAUAUACCUGAAGACAGUUGUGACCAAAUCUUCAGAGCAGACGGGUGACUACAUAGCCAAUUUGUUGAGUGAAGAGAUCGAAAGGGCAGAUCCCUUUAGGGUACAAGCCCUCGUCACUAACCAUGCAAAUAACAUGCAUUCUGCAUGGGAAAUACUCAAAUCCAAAUAUCCUCAUCUGAUAGUAUUUGGAUGUCUUACUAGUGGGUUGAAUAGUCUGGCAAACAGCAUAGUACACCUGAGGUCAAUAAAAACAAUAAUCUCAGAUUGCAAUGAAAUUGCAAAUGUGUUUAACAAUCAUCGCCUUAUUAGCUAUACACUGAAUCGGAUACAGAAGGAGGAACAAGGCACAGAAGGCAAACUAAUUUACGAGGCCACUAAGUGUUUAGAGAGCCUGCUGAAUUCUAAAAGUCGACUGCAGUAUUCCGCUGUAGAUGAAAAAGUGUCCCAGGUUAUUCCAGUCAACAUUUGUAAGAAGAUUCUGGAUGGCAAUGUUUUUUGGGUUCAAGUCCAAGGAGUUUUUAACUUGUUGUUUCCUAUUUUGGAAGCCGUUAUGAAACUUGAAGAAGGCACUCCCAACAUUUCAUCAAUCCCAGAUAUUUUCAGGAAACUGAAUGAAAAUGUAAUGGAGAAUUUGCCGUCUUUAACACUCCCUAAAGCAGACAAAGAUGAAGCAAAGCAAAUAUUUGAAAACUCCUGCAAAUUCUGCUGUCAUCCAAUUCAUCUAGCAGCAAAUCUUUUGGAUCCACGACACGGUGGAGACAACUUAUCAGAGGAAGAAUUUUGUAUUGCUCUUGACGCCAUUGUGGACGUUGCUAAGAACCUUUCAAGCAUUGAUGAAAUGAGAGUGGUGACGGACCUUGCAGAGUACCGUGCAAAGGACAAACUUUGGAGCAGAGAAAUAAUUUGGAGGGCAGCAAAAACAAUGUCUCCUCUAACAUGGUGGAAGGGAUUUUUUAAAUCCCGUCAAUUGUCUAGGAUCGCAGUGAGGAUCCUAACCAUUCCUUCUACAGCUAGGUCCAAUGAACAGGCUUGAAUAUGAUCCACUUUUAAAAGGAAACUGGGGGGGUAAAAAUUACGCCAUCUUGUUUUUAAUGGAUUUAAAAAAAAAUACUCAUUUAAAGUUUUCCUCAGUGCACUAUUUUGUAUCUCUGCCUUUCCCAUGAUAUCCACCACCCAAAUUAUUUUUCUGUAAUCCACUUUGGAUGAGUGGGUCUGCUCUGUAAACUAAUAGCAGCGAUUUACAAAGCCGCAGUCUGUGGUUCUGUUUUCUCCUGGGAGGAGUGAGUUGUGCAUGUGGAAUAUGCUGUUUGCAAAACAUAGAUAAAAUCCACAUAGCGAAUCCAGAAACACAGCUUCUGGCUGGUUGGAGGUCCCUCCAACCACUUAAGCAAGUUUAGGUGGUUUAGUAACCCUUUAAAGAAACAAUAUAGGCACCCAGACCAUUUCAUGCCAAUGAUGUGGUCUGAGUGCUAUGUUCUCCCCCC